AGUCUGUCAGUUGUGAUGGGAAAAUUCUGCCAAAUGGGUUGUUUUUCUAAAUUUUCAAGUUGGACAUAUAUUAUUUGAAAAAUCGCUGUAAAUUGUCUUUGAAAUGAACUUCAAAUGAAACACUUUAAUUUACGAAUCACGGAUGGUAAUUUAUGCAGAAUUUUAAAAUGAAGCAAAUUAAAAGACGUCGGAUCCAAAUAUGACAAAGAUUUACUGGAAUUAAUUUAUAAGGUGCAACUACCUGAAGGAUAUAAAUUUUAAUGAGGUGAUAGGAUUUCGACUAUAAAAUGCAUCCGCCAAAGCCAACAAAUUCAGCUUCGCGACUGAAGGCGAAGAAAAAGCACGUCAUGAAAGACAUUGAGGAAUGGAUGGUGAAGGAUCUCACAUUGGACCUCAAUCAAGGAAAUACCCGGAUGUCGGGCAAAAACGACGACACAGUGACAGAGGUUCGCAUGCUCAAAGCGCGGCUGAUUGACUUAGGAGUCGAACGUUACAAGUUUCUUUCACAUUUCUCUCAUGAAAAGCAAAAAUUUCUAGAAAACAGGAAACGCAAGGAAGCGGGUGCCAAACAUCUGCGUUCGUACUCCACCAUGAGUGAACCAAUCAUGUCGUACGGAAGACCAAGUACAACUUCUUCCCGACAUUCAGUAAACGAACGCAGCGAUGUCGCAAGUGUGGUCUCCAAAAAGACCGAAUACAGAAGUCCAAAGGAGUUUGUCCAUAACAACACUCAACAAAACUUACAUCGUCCAUUGCCGCCACAUCGAGCCAAAACUGUUCAGUUCUUCCCUCAAGCCCUCGAUAAUAAACAGAGGAGCAGAGAUAGCCGAACUGUCGUUAGUGAACCCCCGAGACUUGGAAUCAGCCGGGAGAACACCAUGGCAUCCAGCGUGUACAGCGCCACGAACUCAAUAUCCUCCUUUAAGAGGGAUGAGGACACCCCCUGGUCUAGGCGCAACAAACUCAGCAAAUAUGGCGGGAAAUGCCCGAGUGUGACGGGCGAUCCACGCUACGCCUUCUUGGAGAGGGCGCUAUCAUCUAAGUAUGAUAAACACAUCAAAACAAAUGUUACAGACAUAGUGAACAGCAUUGAAUCGCUUCAUAAACCUCCUAAAAAUGCCAAGGAAGCAAAACCUAAAUGGGAGGAAAAGAUCCAAGCCUUUAUGAAAGAAGUUGGCUUAAGCUGGUUUCAGGAUUAAAUACAAUAAAGUUUCUUUGUUACUGAUAUCGUUUGAAAACUGUGCAUCCAUCUAAGUAAGGAAUAUCAAAAUGUACCGUGCACUUUCUUCUGGAUUUUUGGUACUUUAAUAAUUUGUAGUUCUUGUUAUUUUGAAAAAUAAUAUGUCAAAUUAUUACUUCGGAAUAAAAAUAAAAUUAAA